CAGUGGCGCUGCGUAGGGCCAAUUUGAGCAUCAGAAAUCCAAGUCCAGAUCCUCCGCAGCCGAAAAAGGAAAAGAGCUUGCCAUGGUGGGAUGAAAUGAGAAACUACAUUCAUGGAAACACCUCCUUAUAUUUUUCUGAGUCCCAAUGGAAUAUUCUUGCCAGUACUGAUCCUUAUGAAAAGUCUGACAAGCUUCAGAUAAGAUCUGGGUAUAUGGAACUCCAGCAGUCAGAUGGCCGCGUUUAUUGUUUUGCAAAGAAGUUCAAGAUUCUAGUGAGCAGCUUGGAUAGCUUGUUGAAGAACUCCAACUUAAAGCGUCCAUCUGGCUUUUCCUGUACUUUCAUAGAGGCCCCGGCCUUUAGUCUUGAAGUGAUAAUGGAGUGGGAAUGUGAUUCUGGAAACCCUCUAAACCAUUAUUUAUUUGCAUUUCCCAGUGAAGGAGUGCCUCGUGAAAAAGUUUAUGAUCCAUUUAGAUCAACUUCUCUGUCACUACGGUGGAAUUUGUUGCUUAGGCCCUCUCUUCCCAUUCAUGAUAAUCAGUCAAGCUUAUGUGCAGUGGGUGAUCAGGGUGCCUUGGAUGCAGCUGGUUGUGGUGCAACGAAGCCAGAUAGCUUGUCAGUUUCUCCAACACUAAAACUUGGUCCUCAUGAUUUGGCAUGGAUACUGAAAUUCUGGAGCUUAAAUUAUAAUCCGCCUCACAAAUUGCGGUCUUUUUCUAGGUGGCCACGUUUUGGAAUACCGAGAGUUCCUAGAUCUGGCAAUCUUUCAUUAGACAAGGUGAUGACAGAAUUUAUGUUCAGAGUUGAUGCCACACCAGCAUGCAUAAGGCAUAUGCCUUUAGACGAUGAUGACCCAGCAAAGGGGCUGACAUUUUCUAUGACUAAAUUAAAAUAUGAACUUUAUUAUGGCCGAGGAAAGCAAAAAUACACCUUUGAGAGCAAGCGUGACACUCUUGAUCUUGUGUACCAGGGUCUUGACCUCCACAUGCCUAAGGCAUUUAUAAAUAGAGAUGAUGAUAGCAGUGUUGCAAAAGUAGUUAAAAUGACUAGGAAAACAUCACAAUCUGCAUCAACAGAAAGGUCUUCUAACGAUAAAACUAGCAGUGUGAGCAGCAGCAUGGAGAGACAGCGUGAUGAUGGGUUUCUUUUAUCAUCUGAGUAUUUUACAAUCAGAAGGCAAGCCCCAAAAGCUGACCCAGAUAGGUUGUUGGCGUGGCAAGAAGCUGGUAGGAGAAAUCUGGAGAUGACAUAUGUGAGAUCUGAGUUUGAAAAUGGGAGUGAAAGUGAUGACCAUACAAGAUCUGACCCAAGUGACGAUGAUGGAUAUAAUGUAGUGAUCGCUGAUAAUUGUCAGCGUAUCUUUGUCUAUGGUCUAAAGCUUUUGUGGACACUUGAGAAUAGAGAUGCAGUUUGGUCUUGGGUAGGUGGAAUAUCUAAGGCUUUUGAAUCUCCAAAACCAUCUCCUUCUAGGCAAUAUGCCCAAAGAAAGUUGCUGGAGGAUAGUGAGGUAAUUGAUAGAACUGAAUUACCUCAAGAUGAUAUCCAGAAGUCUCCAGUUAGUCAUUGUGCAAGCUCCUCUUCUCCACAACACGCGAGGCCAUCAAAAGCACAAGUAGAAUCACCUCCAUCAAGUGAAGUUAAAGUAGAAACUCUUCCAUCCAGUUCCGCUGCAAAGCUUGCCAACAUUGAAGACUGUGAGGGGGAGGGCACUCGCCAUUUCAUGGUCAAUGUCAUUGAACCACAAUUCAAUCUUCACUCAGAAGAUGCAAAUGGUAGAUUUCUGUUAGCUGCUGUCAGUGGCCGUGUUUUAGCUCGUUCAUUCCAUUCAGUUCUUUCCAUUGGCUAUGAAGUGAUUGAACAAGCUCUAGGUGGAGGAAAUGUUCAAAUUCGUGAAUCUCAACCUGAAAUGACAUGGAAUCGCAUGGAGUACUCUGUGAUGUUAGAACAUGUGCAGGCACAUGUUGCCCCAACUGACGUAGAUCCAGGGGCUGGACUGCAGUGGCUUCCUAAAAUUCGGAGAAGCUCACCGAAAGUGAAGCGCACUGGAGCUUUACUGGAGAGAGUUUUUAUGCCUUGUGAUAUGUACUUCCGCUAUACUAGGCAUAAAGGUGCAACCGCAGACUUGAAGGUGAAACCUUUGAAGGAGCUUUCAUUCAAUUCACAUAAUAUAACAGCAACAAUGACAUCCCGCCAGUUCCAAGUUAUGCUAGAUGUGUUGACCAAUCUUCUAUUUGCCCGGCUUCCAAAGCCUCGAAAAGUUAGCCUGUCAUAUCCGGCAGGUGACGAUGAAGAUGUUGAAGAGGAGGCUGAUGAAGUUGUACCUGAUGGUGUUGAAGAAGUAGAACUGGCAAGAGUGAACCUUGAACAGAAAGAAAGAGCGCAGAAGUUGAUCCAGGAUGAUAUUAGGAAAUUAUCUCUUUAUAAUGAUGCAUCUGUGGACAGGAACCCAGUAAAGGAAGGCGAUCUUUGGAUUAUUAGUGGGGGAAGGUCCAUUUUGGUGCAAAGACUGAAGAAAGAGCUACUAAAUGCUCAAAAAUCCAGAAAAGUAGCAUCUGCAUCUCUGAGGAUGGCUCUACAGAAAGCUGCACAGCUCCGAUUGAUGGAGAAGGAAAAGAACAAAAGUCCUUCUUGUGCUAUGCGCAUCUCUUUGCAAAUUAAUAAAGUAGUUUGGAGCAUGCUUGUGGACGGAAGAUCAUUUGCUGAAGCUGAGAUAAAUGAUAUGAUAUAUGAUUUUGACCGUGAUUACAAAGAUGUUGGGGUUGCUAAAUUCACAACAAAAUAUUUUGUUGUGAGAAACUGCUUACCAAAUGCCAAGUCUGAUAUGCUUCUAUCAGCAUGGAAUCCUCCUACUGAAUGGGGAAAGUAUGCAACAAUUUAAGUU